AUGGCAGCUCCAUUCUUUUCUACACCUUUUCAACCUUUUGUUUAUCAGAGCCCACAAGAUGCUGUUACACCUUUUCAGAUUUUGGGCAGUGAAGCUCAGAUAGUUCAGAUAAUGUUGAAACCUCAAGAGAAGGUGAUUGCAAAGCCUGGAACAAUGUGCUACAUGUCUGAUUCUGUCCAAAUGGAAAAUGUUUAUGCACCUGAAAAUGAAGCAGGUGUGUUGCAGUGGGUUUUCGGAAAAAGUGUGACUAGCAUAGUUAUCCAAAAUAAAGGUUCAGCUGAUGGAUUUGUUGGAAUUGCUGCACCUUCUCUAGCAAGAAUUAUCCCGAUUGACUUGGCAAUGUUUGGUGGUGAAAUGUUGUGCCAGCCAGAUGCAUUUCUUUGUUCAAUUAAUGACGUCAAAAUCAAUAAUACAGUUGAUCCAAGGGCACGCAAUGUGAUAGCUAGUGCUGAGGGAUUUUUGAGGCAGAAGAUAUCUGGUCAAGGACUUGCAUUUGUAGUUGGGGGUGGUUCUGUUGUCCAGAAAAAUCUUGAUGUGGAUGAAGUACUCUCUGUUGAUAUGUCAAGCAUUGUUGCCUUGCCAGCAUCAGUCAAUGUACAAAUAAAAUAUAAUAGUCCCAUGAGAAGAGUGGUGUUUGGGGGUGAAAAUCUGGUGACUGCUGUCCUAACUGGACCCGGUAUUGUCUUUAUUCAAAGUAUGCCCUUCCAUCGGCUUUCUCAACGCAUUGCUAGGUCUGUUACAUCUCCAAACAUGAGGGAUCCGAAGUUUUACCGUCAGAUAGCAAUCUUCUUCUUCCUAGUUAAUGCUGUUAUUUUGUCAUCGUUAAUCUUGACCGAUCUAUAA